AAGCAUUGGUGAGAUCCCUCCUCCCUCCCCAGGAAGUGGAAGGGCUGAGCUGUUCCUGCAGGCUGGAGGAGGCUGUGUAAUUCACAUUGGCAGUGCUCUGUGUGUCUGCCCAUCAGCAGGGACCUCUCACCUUAGCGCCUGCCUUCAUCACCUUCUCCUGCACCGGUGCCAUUGUGCCGGGGCUGCAGCUCUGAUACACAAAGUGCAAACAAGACAACCCCUGCACAAAUCCCUGAGAAGACACAUCUGACUUUACCCCCACCGAGAAAGUAAAGAAACAUUACCAGAUCUCUUCUUUGGAGCAGAAAUUGGAGUUGGCCAAGAGAUCGGUAAUGCCUUGAAUGUCAAAUAAAAGUGCGGAAAACAUAGUUUGUACUUUCACGAAGAACCAUACCUCUACAUAAGCUUACAAGAAAACUGAAAAUAAAUGAAGGAAAACACUUCUUGAAAUCAUAAAUCAUACUCACUGGUUGGAAGCUGAAUAAAAAUCAUUUCUUUCAGCUAGUAACAGUUGUUAUAAGUUAAUGCAUCAUAAACAGUCUGGAAGAAAAUGAAGAUAUUGCUGGAUUAGAUGCCGCUGCUCAGAUAAAUUGAUCCCUGCACAAAGAAAAGACGAGACACCCACAUCCUUCUGUGUGAAUAGAAGAUUCAGCUGAGCAGAUUACUACAGCCUUCUGUCGGGUGGCCUUUUUGUAUCAGGGCUGACUUUUUAGCGAUAAAUUAUAAAAGAAAGAAAAAAUGUCAUUUAAUGAGCUGUGAGAUGAUAAAGAGCCGCUGCUAACACUCAGAUUUCAAGAUUCAGCUGUUACUCAUUGUGCUUGAUGCACAUGUUUCUGCACAGUGCAUAUAGGAAACACAAGAAGAGGAUCCAAAACGGCUGCGGGGGAACAAUCGCCAAACAUGCCUACAGAAACACUACAGACAGGUAGCAUGGGGAAACCUGGUAGCCCAGCAGUGGCUUUUGCAUCCGCUGUUCCUCUCCGAAUAUUGAAUAAAGGACCUGACUAUUUCCGCAGGCAGUCAGAGCCUAAUCCCAAGAGACUCAGCGCAGUGGAAAGAUUAGAAGCUGAUAAGGCAAAGUAUGUCAAGAGCCAAGAGGUUAUCAAUGCCAAACAAGAGCCUGUGAAGCCAGCAGUACUUGCAAAGCCUCCUGUAUGCCCUGGGGCAAAAAGACCUUUAGCAAGCCCAACCCUGAAGAUGUUUAACAACAAGUCUGAGAGCUGUGUACAAAGAGAGAACUUAAAGCUAGAAAUCCUUAAGAACAUUAUCAAUAGCUCUGAAGGCUCCAGCACAGGUUCCGUGCACAAGCAAAGUUCUCGGAACUGGCCUACAGGCAGAUCAGACUCGGCUGACCAAAACCGACAUUCUUUUGCGGAAUCCGUAAAGGUUUACUCUACGCAAAGUCAUGGGAGCCCCCAAGAGACCAACUCCAACAUCAGUAGGAUGCUUCUAGAAAAAUCAGGUGAUACUUUUUUACAUGUUUCUCAUAGUUCUUCAGACAUUAGAAAGGUCACGAAUAUGAAACAGAUAAAGGCGAUACCUUGCAGCAGUUCGGCUCCACCUCUCCCUCCAAAGCCCAAAAUUGCCACCUUAACCACCCUUAAGUCUCCAGACAAUGAUGCUUUGGAACCCACCACCUGUGGUGUAACCAGAAGGCCAUCACUCCAGCGAUCCAAGUCUGACUUAAGUGACAGAUACUUUCGCGUGGAUGCCGAUGUUGAGAGAUUCUUUAAUUACUGUGGACUCGAUCCUGAAGAGCUUGAAAACCUUGGGAUGGAAAAUUUUGCAAGGGCUAAUUCCGAUAUAAUUUCUCUAAACUUUCGCAGUGCAAGCAUGAUUAGCUCAGACUGUGAGCAGUCUCAGGAUAGCAACAGUGACCUUAGAAACGACGACAGUGCCAACGACCGAGUGCCGUACGGUAUUUCUGCCAUAGAGAGGAAUGCCAGGAUCAUCAAAUGGUUAUAUAGCAUAAAACAAGCUAGAGAGUCACAGAAGGUAUCCCACGUGUGAGAACGAGACAGCGGUUACUUAAGAGACUACGUAUUGUCUGUGAAUAUUCAGUUGUGAAGGGUUGUAAAGUCUACUUGAAGUCUUGUAAACUUUUCAAACUGCUCUGUGUUGCUUGUUGUGCAAUGUUUUCAAGUUGCAUGCCUGUCAACAUGUGAACUGACCUGGCUUUCACUUGAACAAAUACUACAAAGCCUAGACGACUAUGCUCAUCCUCUGCCAAAAGUUUAAGACCGGUUUAAAGUUUUAUUGGCUUUGUUUUCAAAAUGUAUCACCUACUACACAUAGCUUGGGCACACGUUUUGAAGGCUAGAUCUAUAUGAAGUCCGUCAGUUUACUAAGAGCUAGCAAUAGUUGUUGAUGCAAGGAGGCCCAAAGUUCCGCGUGCCUCAGUCAAGUCUUUAGUACCUGAGGUAUUGUCAAGGCAGUCUUUAGUUCUGCUCGGUGAAGCCUGUCUCUAAUGUAUGCAGGUGAGCAAUAGACUGUACUGUUUACAUGACGCUAAAGGUAGACAUAAACAUACAUAGGUCUUAUUGUGUUUUUUUAUAUACAUUUAUAUAUGUACUUUAUUAAUGACAUUUUUUCAUUCAAAAACAAGAAUGCUGUCAAGUGCUUACACGUCAGGUCUUUUUCUAUUUAAAAGAGUAAAAAAAAGAUGGUAAUAAUACAGAUUUUAUUCUUGCAACAUUUUAUCUUUUUCAUUUAAUUAAAUUUUUUUCUCAGUAGUAUUCUUAGUUGUUUCAUCUUCAUAACGUACAGGUAUGUGUCAUACUUUUGACAUUGCAGUCGUGUUAUGCUUUUAUUUAAUUUUUUUUAUUCUUCAUGGUUAUUUGCCAGUUAGAAGUUGAGAAGGAAUCUGGGCAAGUGUAGUGCAGGGGCAUCUGCAACACAAAACUUAGUCCAUACAUGCUAUCCAGCAAGAGGCCAUAGCCUUUAAGGACUUUUUUUUUCUCAAAGUCUUAAACUUUUGACCAGAAUAAUGUGAUAAACCUACAACUCCUAUAAGCUGCCUUCAACAGAACUAUCAUUGCAGAUCCAUGCUACCAUUUUUUUUCCAGUUACGUUAAGCAAGAUGGAAAUCUACAGCCAUAUCAGUAUGAAACAAAUCUCCAAUUCUGGAAUAGCCUCAUGGACUCUAGCUGAAUGAAUUGUACUUGUUGUCUUGCAUCUCAGUCUACGAAUGUUUGUCUCACUUUGUAGUUUUAACAAUUUAAAACUGCUUCCAUCUUCUCAUGGCAGUUCUUCUGCACGUCGGCCGCCUUCUAGAUACUUUUCUUCUUUGUUUUUGUCUUUAAGUUUCUUCUGACAAUGUGUCUUCCCAGUGGAUUAUCAGCUGGCAUUCUUCUGAGUAGCAUUUAGAUAUGCACCUUUUGCCUGCAUCCGGUGAAGACAGCCAUUUUGUAGGUUAAGCCAAUAUUUAUGAAAAUGCAACCAAUCCGUUCACUAGUAAUGACCUAACCGAUUGUCAAAAUGGCUGCCUUUGUUGUAUGUGUCCGGCGACAAGUGUACUUGAACAGAAACUGCAGGGCCAGCUACUUUGUUACAGUGCUUAGGGGUCCUCACAGUAUUUUGUUAACUUUAGCAGGCCGAUGCAAAAUGAAAAAAAAAAAAUACAAAAAUAAAAACACUUUUUUUAUUGUGUAAAUGCUGUAAGGAUUUGUACAUACUUCAUUUGCUAUUGAAACUUUGGGGGAAAAAAGUGUUAUACUAAUAAAUAGCUCUUGUUCAGCAGCAAA